AUGACCGGAACGACCGCGAAUACGACCCCAAGAACCACCGCUACCGCAGUAACUUCAACCGCAAACGGUACCACCGCGGUAAUGUCAACCACGAAUGGAACUACCGUGGUUAUGCCAACCGCUAACGGUACUACCGCGGUAAUGCCAACCACGAAUGGUCCUACCACUGCAGUAAAGCCAACCACGAACGGCAGUACAGCGGUAAUGCCAACCGGGAACGGUACUACUGCGGUAAUAUCAACCGCAAACAGUACAGUAAUAACAAACACUACCUCCGGGACUUCAACUGCAAGAACUUUUCCGCUAAGCAACACUACCAAAGUCACUCCAGGAAUAAAUCUUCCAACCUUCUACCUAGAGGGAGUUUCCGGUGGAGUUAUCGGUGUCUGUAUGCUAGCCGUAAUGGAGGCAGAGUUGGAGAUUCACUACAAAACAAAGAACAAAACGACACUUCGAACGACCAUCCCUGUGUCGUACAACGCCCGUGCAUUCGGAUAUUGUGGCACCUCCGAGAGGAAGUUUACAAUUGGUCGAAAUAGCGCCACGCCUCCUAUUAACUCGAGUGCUGGGAUCACGUUCAUUUUCCAUCAGCCCACUGAAACGACGUAUGCACUGUCGAAGCUUUUGGGUGGCUGGUAUUACGAAGAGCCGUUCUUCGACAAGGAUGCAGUAAUGUAUGGUAAACUUGGUACCCUUGAGAUGGACAUGAACCUGUUAAGCGGCACCGUGGGGAAGACGUACAAGUGCCACGAGGUGGGCUAUUCAUGGACAAUCAAAGAAACUGGAAUGGAGGGGGUUUUUGUGUUCAAAAAACUCAUCAUGUUUCAGCCUUAUGCCGACUUUUCAAAAGACAAGGGGAGCUUUGGAGAAGUGGAAGAUUGCGACCGACCCAAAACGACCGGUAUGCCGCCCUCUACGGCGUUCCCGACCACUCGUUUCCUCCCCACUAAGCCAAGCAGUAUCAACGUUGGCAUGAUUGUCGGUAUCGUCGUCGGCACCUUUGCACUAGCCGUGAUAGUCAUCGGUCUUGCCUGCUACUUUGUGAGGAGGGCCAAGAAGAAAAAAGAAGUACAUGUACCCUACGAUCAGAUCGUCAAUAGUUCAGUGCCAAAAUUGUAG